CCAAAAAUGCUUACAAUUUUUUAAAAGUUUAUAAUUCUUUUGGAAGAUCGGAGGAAAACAUUUUUUAAUUUGUUGUUCACUCUUGGUUUUUAAUUCGUUGGACAUUAAGGGAUUUGUGUGAGGAGGAAUUAAGGAAUUUUAAGAUUAACAUUUCUCAGUGGAAGAGUUUAUAUGCCGAGGAUAGUUGUAUAACUAUGUAAACUAUUCGCCUGAUAUCUCUAGAUAUCUAAGGGGUAAUCAAUUUGUCGGUGGGGAAUUAUCACUCAGGAAUGCAAAUUGUCUAUUUCACCUAAUCAGCUCAGCUGCCGAAAAAAAUUUUCUGGCCUUAGAGGCAGUGCUCUCUGGAAAAAUAGCUGUUUGGAGGUGUUUUUAUUGAGAGAAAAAAAAAUGCCGGUAUAAAGGGCUUCUUGCUUUUAUGUGACAACAUCUUGUGAAUUUCUUCCUCCUCUCAAGGAUGUGCUAAUUAGAUGAAGUUUUAUAAAAGUACAUCUCCGCGGCCACAUCAUUUAGAUUAAUACAUUGUCUCCUGCUGAUGACUGAAAUAAUUCGGCUCCCAGCGAUCCAUUUAAAAAAAGAGGACAUUAACACAGUGCGACAAUUUUUGGAAUUCUUCAACACGUGUACCGGUACUUGAAAUAAUUAACAAUAUCAGUGUUACAAGAACCGUCUUAUUAAUUUGUGUCAACAACCCACUGAGUGUCUACCGAAUUGAAAAGAGAGGAAGAGAUCUGUUAUAGUGAAUAAAAGGAAAAAGGGGAUAAAAAAAUUAUAAUUGCGACUUUCCUAAGGAUUACUGACAUCAUUGUGGAUGAUAUAUAAGAAAAUUUUUUUUUGCAAGAUUAUAGAAAGCGUUCAUCGAACAUUAACCUGGGAUGUGAUUUAAAAAAAACACAGAUUUUUAAAUUUUUUAUGAAAACUUGCGGAUUUUAUCAUGUUUACUGAGAGCCGAGAUGGAUUGACGGAUUCCCCGACCUAUGCUAAUCUAAAUAUGAUCCAAGAUCUUAUGAACGGAGGGCAGUUUUCCAGUGACGAGUAUUUAGUGGUGACUGACCCUGAGGGCAUGACCAUGUCCCAGCAACAGUACCGAGAACCACCCCCCUACCCGGGGCACUCCAAACAGCUGCAAAAUACACCAGGUUUAAGACAGAGUUUUUCGGGAAGUGAGACAAGCACAGAUGUCUCUGUGUCCUCCACAGAAAAUUUAUCCACGUGCAUGAGACAAGAACCCCAGGGGGAAGAAAACCAGUCUACCACUGGUUACCCCUCACAUUUAGACUACUCCAGCAGUGAUGCUGGGUACAGUAUCCUUGCUCGUCUGGGCAUGCCCACGACAGCUUUAGAAAUGAAAACAUCCACCGUUUCACAGCCGUAUUAUCAAAUGGCUGGACACUGUGUGCCACAUCCGACGGAUAAUUAUGGAUAUUUAAACAAUCCGUGUUGUGGGUCUUCUUUUUCAUGGCAUCCACACCAAGUGUCAAAUUCUUGUGUUUCCAUGACAAAAACAACGGAUCAGUUAACGUCCACCAAUGGACAACAGUGGGCCGUGGAGCAGCUACAGAACCCGUACUUCACACAACUCCCUCCUCCCCCGGAAUAUCCGGGUUUCAGUGUCGAAAAAAACGAACACUUACGACGGUCCUACGAGACCAUGGAGCGUAGUGACCCUGCUGAUAUGUCUGUCUGUAAGUCACAGCCGGACCUGACUCGCUACUGGGAGGCCCACAGUAAAAUGAUGGAACAGGAGCACAUACAGAGGGAGGAUCAAAGUACACCAACAUCUUCCAUUCGAUAUGAGGAAAUAGACCCCCUGACUGCUCGGGCCAAUAAAAUGAUUGACAUGUUAACAGAGGAAAACAGAAAACUCAGAGAUGAACUCACUGUUUAUAACAGAAAAGUCUCUAGACUGCAAAAGUUUGAAUUUGAAAUUCAGAAAGUGCAUGAGGCAUAUGAAUCUCUGGUGAAAUCCUCACAAAAGCGGGAGAAGUUAGAGGCCAUCAUGAAGAAGAAACUGAAGGAGGAGCUGACAAAGCUUCAGGCCACAAACAAACAGUUACAAGAACAAGUUGACCGCUCCACUGCAGAAUGUGUAGAGGAUGGAGAACUAGUCUCAGAUUCUGAGAGAAGUCGAAAGUUUGCUGCUUUAGUGGCACAGAACAAGGAGUUGCUGUCCACUAAGGAGAGAUUAGAACUGGACGUGGCUUCGCUGCGGACAUCUCUACAGGAACAGCAGUCUAAGAUGGACAUACUGGACAACGCACUGACCAACGCUCAGGGCAACGUAGUCAGGCUAGAAGAUGAGUGUUGUAAGAAGCAGGUUCAAAUGGAGAGACUAGAGAAACUCCAGAAAUCCUUCUCCUGUUUAAAAGCUGCGUGUGAAAAACGUGAACAAUUCGAAAAACAAAUGCGGACUCAAUUAGAAAAGGAGGUGGCAAGUCUGAAAUCCAAACAAAAAGACGGUGGUUCCGUGUCUAAAUCUGACAGCACCGCGUCACAGGCGGAGGUCACAAAUCUUCACUCAUUACAGACACUUCUCAACGAGAAGGAAUCAAAGAUUCUGAAACUGGAAACGGAAGUGAUUAAGUGGCAGCAGAAAUAUUUGGAGGAGAGUGCCUUAAGACAAUUCUCUGUUCAGAACGGACUCUCUGUUGAUUUGUUAGACUCUGAGAAUUUAACGGAUGAGAAGAUUGAGAAGUUGACACAACUGGAGGAGGUGAUAAACGCCAGACAGCAAGUGGAGGAGCUGGAAGCAAAGGUCAAAAGCUUACAGACAGAGCUAGCGGAGAAGGAUGCGAUGAUUCGGGUGUUCCAGAGAUCUGGUCCGAUGACACGCAGCAGCAGUGUACACACCCUGUCUGGGGCCUCAUCCUCCCUCCUGUCCCCCCGUCCUUACCACCACACCACGUGUUCACUGACCCGUAAAGGAACCCUACCCACCAUCCGUCAUGUCAAAUCAGGUAGCUCAAGCACUUUAGAAACUAGUCGAGCUUUCUCUCUAGACGAAGACUUGGCCUCCAACAUCCAGCAUUUAACAACAGAGAGUAAAGAUUCUAAUACAUCUUCAGAGGAUGACUCAGAGAAAAUAUGGCAAGUUUAAUUGCCUCCCUCCACAUAAAAAACCUCAGUAAUGGAUGAGUGAAAUUACCUCCCUCUGCAAGAUCUGAAAAACUAUGCAGGAUACAACAAGGAACAAUGAACUAUAUUAGGAUUGAAAGCUGUGUUUUAAUACAGUAGGGUGGGUGGAAUUUAGUACAGGACAUUCAAGUCUUGUAAUUGAACCUUUCGCAAUUUUAAUGUUCUGAACUUUUGCUGUUUUUUUUGCAUAUUUUCGAUUUUUGAUA